GUGUGUGUGUGUGUGUGUGUGUGUUACAAAAUGAGCUUCUCAAAGGGCUGCGAGGUAGAUGGAAAUGUUUGCUUAGCUCCUCUGAGAAGAGAAAAGGUGCCGGGAACUCUUGUUUCUUCUUUAGAAUAAUUUGGAUGGGAUUUGUGAUGCAGAAAAGCUUAAAGAAAAACGAAUAUCCAUUCUGUGUGGUGGAAAAUUUUUGAAAAAAUUUACUUUCUUCAAACAAGGGUGCCAUUUGGAUACUUACGGGGAUUGUUGUUCUCACUAUGAAGGCAUCUGUUAUUGAAAUGUUCCUUGUUUUGCUGGUAACUGGAAUACAUUCAAAUAAAGAAAUGAUACAGAAGAGUACAAGAGCCAAGUUCACUGUGCCGCAGAUCAACUGUGAUGUCAAAGCUGGAAAGAUCAUCAAUCCUGAGUUCAUUGUGAAAUGUCCAGCAGGAUGCCAAGACCCCAAGUACCACGUCUAUGGCACUGGGGUCUACGCUUCUUACUCCAGUGUCUGUGGUGCUGCAGUGCACAGUGGUGUGCUCAAUAAUUCAGGAGGGAACGUACUUGUUCAAAAAGUGGCCGGACAGUCUAGUUACAAAGGAAGCUACUCCAAUGGCGUCCAGUCGUUGUCUCUACCACGAUGGAGAGAAUCCUUCCUUGUCUCAGAAAGCAAACCCAAGAAGGGUGUAACCUACCCAUCGGUCCUUACGUAUUCAUCAGGGAAGCCUCCAGCUGCCAAAGCAGAUGAGACCACAAACACCUAUCAAAAGUCAUCUGUUCCAGGGACAACUGCACAGCCAGUCACCCUGAUGCCCAUGUUGUCUAACCUGGAAGCUGAGGCCGCCCACACCACCUCACAAAAAUCAUCGCUACUGACACCCUCUGCCACUGGCAGUCCCAGACCACAGCCCGUGGGCCACAGGAGCCGGGAGCUGGGAUUUGUUCCAAAAGAAGAAUUAAGCACACAGGCUUUGGAGCCGGCAUCCCAGGGAGAUCCGAACUGCAAAGUCGACUUGUCCUUUUUAAUCGAUGGGAGCUCCAGCAUCGGCAAGCGUCGGUUUGGAAUCCAGAAGCAGUUCCUGGCUGACAUCGCCCAGGCUCUUGACGUGGGCCCCUCCGGUCCUCUGAUGGGUGUUGUUCAGUAUGGAGACAACCCUGCUACUCAGUUUAACCUCAAAACUCACAUGAAUUCUCCAGAUCUGAAGGCAGCCAUAGAGAAAAUUACCCUGAAAGGAGGACUUUCUAAUGCAGGCCGGGCCAUCUCUUUUGUCACCAAGAACUUCUUCUCCAAAGCCAAUGGAAACAGACGUGGUGUUCCCAAUGUGGCUGUAGUAGUACUGGAUGGCUGGCCCACAGACAAAGUGGAGGAGACCUCAAAACUUGCAAGAGAGUCAGGAAUCAACAUUUUCUUCAUCACCAUUGAAGCUGCUGUUGAAAGUGAGAAGCAGUAUGUGGUGGAGCCCAGCUUUGCCAACAAGGCUGUGUGCAGAACAAAUGGUUACUACUCAUUCAAUGUGCAGAGCUGGUUCGCCCUCCGCAAGACUGUGCAACCCCUGGUGAAGCGAAUCUGCGACACAGAUCGCCUGGCCUGUAGCAAAACCUGCCUCAACUCAGCCGACAUCGGCUUCGUUAUCGAUGGUUCCAGUAGUGUGGGGACAAGCAAUUUCCGCACAGUUCUGCAGUUUGUGGCCAACCUCAGCAAGGAGUUUGAGAUCUCAGACACAGAUACACGCAUCGGGGCAGUGCAGUAUACCUAUGAGCAGCGGCUGGAGUUUGGCUUUGACAAGUACCACACCAAGGCUGACAUCCUCAAUGCCAUCAAGAAUGUGGGGUACUGGAGUGGUGGUACCAGCACGGGAGCUGCCAUCCACUAUACCCUAGAGCAGCUCUUCAAGAAGUCCAAGCCCAACAAGCGGAAGCUAAUGAUCCUUAUCACGGAUGGCAGGUCCUAUGAUGAUGUACGGAUAGCAGCCAUGGCUGCCCAUCAGAAGGGCGUGAUCACCUAUGCGAUAGGCAUCGCAUGGGCUGCCCAGGAUGAACUGGACAUCAUUGCCACUCACCCGGCCAGGGACCAUUCCUUCUUUGUGGAUGAGUUUGACAACCUCUACAAAUCCGUCCCCAAGAUCAUCCAGAACAUCUGUACAGAGUUCAACUCACAGCCUCGGAACUGAAUUCAGAGCAGGCGAAAACAUGGCAAGUGCUUCCUCACUGACUGACUUUCUGGACUGUGCCCAGGUUAUAUUUGCAGGGCACGUUGCAGGGUGGCAAGGCUUGGGUGGGGCCUGGGAAACCGAUGCAUUGUUAUUGUUCUCUGUUAUCAUGGCUGUCAUACUUCAAAGUUUGGAGUUAGAAAGAUGGUCAUCGAUGUAUAGAAUAAGCCAAAGCUGUACAUCAUUUUGAGUGUGCUCACAUCUUUUAAGAACAUGCUCAGAAGAGAGUGAAGCACUUAGGCUGACAUCAAGAUUUUGUGAAAAUUUUCAAAUUUUUAUUUCUCAUAAGAGCUCUUUAACCAUCAAGUUUCAUUGGGUCAUGAUAAUGUAGAAGUCACUUUAUUAAACAUAUAAAAGGA